AUGGAAUGGGAAGAUUGGUCGCACUCGACGGUAGAUCCAGAGGUUCGCGCUCAUAUCAACAGUCUAGUUUCUGCGCUUGGCGGAACAGGCGCGGAUGAAGAUGGUCGGUAUGUGCUAGGUGAUGAGGCAUUGGCAUGUCUCAAGGAUCUCAAGAAAUGGCUCAAGUUGUACGACGAGAAGACAGAUCGUCUGGACGUAGCAAGAUGCAUGGCAGAAGCGAAUCUCGUGGAGGGCGAUCUGCUACCAAUUCUAGCAUUAUGGUCCGAGUCAGCAAAUCAUGACAGAUUGAGAUCAAAGGUCGCUUUGGCCUGCAUUGAAUUAUUGGUGCCAUUGACAUGGCCGAUCGAGAAAGGCGACGCCCAGAUGACGGUCAACCACCACCGUCACAUGAAUUUCCUCCAGCAAGCCCAGGCAUCAUACAAGCGCAGCAUACUCCAGCAUGGCUCCGGACAGAUACUCCGCAUAGCCGUGCGAACAGGUCUACCGUCAAUAGCGCUCUCAAUUGGCGAAAGAUCGCCUCGCGAUGAAGGAAUCAUCAAAUUGAUUUUGUAUUUCUUCCGUAACAUUACGUUGAUUUCUUCUCAAAACGCUGCAAAAGAAGAUAGUGAGACCGAGAUCACGAGAUCAUCAACGGCCGAAGCGUUUCAUCGUCAGGAUGUCCUAGCGCUCUUACUCACCCUGUCGUCGAAUAUAGGACAAGACUUUACGACCCAAGACACUGUGUUAAUGGAGGUUCUAUUUCACUUGCUGAGAGGUGUGGAUGUGGAGAAGCUUUUCAUGGAUAGCAGUCAAUUAAGCCUCAAGAAUUCCGAUGAGCUCAAGACGUUGCUAAGUAGGGAGGCGAAUAUGCACAGGAGCUAUCUGAAGACAGCACCUACUAGACAUAACAGAUUUGGCACAAUGAUCUGGGUGAAGAGAGACGGCGAGGGGCGUCAUUCAACAGUAUCGGGUCAAGAUGUCCUGAAAAGUGGUCAGCGAACCCUCACUAAAAUGGACCAAACAAAGAAAUGGAACAAACCUAAGCAACGAGCUAAAGAUGACGAACCUACCAACGAUCGAUUUGAUAUGCCUGUUCCAUUGACAGAAGCAGCGAGGGUCCAUAUGCGGUCAUUCGUUGAAGAAUUUCUUGAUUCUGGUUUCAAUCCACUCUUCAAUCACAUUCGACGGGCAAUCGAACGAGAAGCCGAUCGUGUACUCGAAUCGCAUAAGCAACAAUACUUCUACCUAGUAUCCUGGUUUCUCGAGGCUGAGCGUGUCCGUCGACGCCAGAAGAGAGAAGCUAAUAAACGAAAAAAGGAUGACAAGAUCGCUCAAGAUUUUGAUCCGGAUAGCUUUGGCUUGAUCUCAAGUGUGCUGAUACAAGAAUUUUUCGUAUUACUCAAUCGAUUCCUACAAAGUGCAUUAGAUCUCAAAUUAUGGCGAGAGCUCCAAGCUGGUAUGCGAUGUUUCACCCAAAUUCUUCUGAUCGUACAAGACAUGGCCGACUCUCCCUUGGAAGAGGAUCAAGAAAUCGCGGAGAAUAUUCAAAAUCGUAUUUUCUACGAAGAGUCAACCCAUGAUAGGGUCAUCGCUAUUUUGCGAGGAUACAAGGAUCAGGGUCUUGGAUAUCUUGAUUCAAGCACCGAUUUGGCGCACACAUUUCUGCGUCUGCUAGAGCGAUAUUCAAGAGAAAAUCUCGAAAUGCAAGUUCGCUCCAAACGACGAGCGAGAAAGACCAGAAAGGCUCAAGUCAAGGAACAAGGCGGGUCGGAGGACGACGACGAAGCGUCAGAGAUCGAAGAUGUGAGGGAGGCUGAACGAGUCUCCAGAGAGCGCAAAUUUGACUUCAAUCGAUUUUCUACCAAGUUCAUGAGCCAGUCUUGCAUCGACACAUUCGUCUCCUUCACAAAGUUCUACAGCGACCUGAGUCCUGAACAGCUGAAACGUGCACAUCGAUUUUUCUAUCGAGUGGCAUUCAAGCAAGACUUGAGUGUCAUGCUCUUUCGAGUAGAUAUCGUUGGUCUCUUCUACAAACUUAUGAAAGGUGCGGAGUGCUUAGAUCCCAAGAACCCCACAUUUCGGGAGUGGGAUGAACUUGUGAGACAAAUCAUCAAGAAAUUGACGCGGAAGCUGGAAAAGAGACCAGAGCUUGCUGUAGAGCUGUUGUUCAGUAAAAUUCAGUCGACUAUGUUCUAUCUUGAGUACGGAUAUGAGAAGCAAACGAUCCAAGCAAAGCCAAAAGCACCUGCCGCGUUGGAAGUCAAAGGAUCCAUGACCUUGGAAGAGCAAAUUGGCGUAGUCGUUGCUGCUUUGUACGACGAAAACAUGGACUCAAUUCAAUGGGUAGUCAGUACUUUAUCUUCAGCAGCGGACGAGCGGCGAAGCUGGGAGAACGAGUCGAUUGCCAGGCAGUCAGCAAAUCAAAGCCAGAUUGAAGUCCAUGGCCAUCCACCAGGGGAUGCAAUUUCAUCUCAACCACCGUCCAUCGUUGUCACCGCGUCCGAUGAGGGUACUCGGAUUGCAAUGUUCAAGAACGCUAGACUUCGUCUUCUUAUGGUACUCUCUAGCUUCAAGCGCCUGGGCGAAGAAGACGAGCCGGACUCGACGUGGAUUAUUCCCUCCCCAAUUCCCUCUUCUCAGCUCCGACACAUUCACGACCUCAUAGAAAAGCACCGUCAGGAUCCCAAGUUCCAAUAUGGUGAGGAAGAGCCUGUGUCAGCGGAGGACAUGCUACGCCGAAAAUCCACAACAAACACUCGACGAGCAGAAUAUGACGAUGACAGUGAUGGAUCAGUCAGCCAAGGUGAAGAAGAUUUUCUGUUCCCAGCUGGGGGUCCAACGAAUACAGUAGAGUCCCGAGAAUCUGCUUUAGACAAACUGAAGAAAAACCGCCGAAAACGACGUGCUUCAGACGAUCAUGAAUUGGAUGAGGAAACUCGAGAAGCUCGCCGAAAUGCACGAGCUGAAGCCGAUCUUGAGCGCAGACGCGGCAUCAAGAGUGCUCAAUUUGUGCAUGAGAGUGACGAAGACACCGACGAGGAAAAAGAUCGUGACUUCUUUGCGCGAGAGGCGGCUCGUAGAAACGGGCAGCGUGAAAGAGUGAUGGAGGCUCUGAGUGCAAGACGAGUAGCCGGAAAUAUGACAGGUGGGAAAGCCAAGCCGAGCGUGAGAGUAGGGGAGAAGAGAAAAUUUGACUCGGCUGUCGAAAGCACGCGAAAGAAGGCCAAAACGAACAGCGAUGCCUCCGGAAGCGACGAAGAUCUCGACAUGAGCGAUAGUGACUCGCAGUCUGGAGUAAGAGCUGCUGCUGUCUCGAGCAUUGUUAGCUCGCUGAGUGAGACAACACCGCUUUCUUCGCCUCCUCAUGUCGCUCCGGAAGGGAAGGCUCUUGAAGCCGAAGUUGCCGAAGACUUGGGGCCUUCAUCACAAAGCGAGAACGUGAGGAAACUUUCAAGGCUUGCGACGAAUGAUUCUGAGGAGGAUAAAGGUGAUAGCGACGUAGCUGCUACGAUCCGAAGACCUCGCGCUAGAGCAGCUAUAUUUGAUGAUAGUGAUGAUGAGUAG